AAUUGAACGAAAUUAAUUUGUGUUGUGAAAGUUGCAAUUAAAGAAAGAGUUUACGUAUUUUGUUUUUAUAUUAUUUAUUUGUGGAAUAUUUGAAAUACAGAGGAAAUGGAAACAGAAAAUGGCGGUACAACAGCGACUGAUACCACACACAAGGAAAAGAUCGUACAUUCUAUGGAUGAAGUAAAUCAAACAAUCAAAGAUUUUGAAACUUCUUCACAAACCAAAUUCCUAAAACAUUCCGGCAAAAUUUAUGAUAAUACGCCACAGAAAAGCAAAGUUUUCUGGAGAGUGGACGAUACUGGUGAUAUGGUGCCUUACUUUACAACUGGGUUUACAAAGUACAUUUGUAUUCAUAGUAGAGAUAGACAUUCGUAUCUUAGCAAGAAGUGCACUUCAGAAAAAGAUAAAUUGUUGCGAAUGCAAAAGAGUAAAAAGAGAGAUUGUGGAGCUACUAUUAGUGUAUCGCAUAUGGUGCAAUUCCCAGAGCUAAAGAAGCCAACCAAUGUUGCGAUUUAUCAGAAAACUUUGGCCACCAGGUUCAUUAAAUAUAGAUUAACUACGGAUAAUAAUAUUAAACAAGAACCAACCUUUCGAAUUGUUUUUCCACAAAACACCGACCACUCUGGCCAUGUAAUAGGAGGGCAGGAUAUCAAAGGUGAAAUGGACGAACGCUUGGUGUUGAAAAUCGAUGAAUACGUUAGUAAUGGGGUUUCAAAUGUGAAACAUAUUAUGAACAAUCUGGAGAAGUUUGUCACAGAGGAUUUGUUCAAAGAUGGAAGUAUACCACUGCUUUCAAAUAAACGAUAUUUCCCAACAGCUAAAGCUAUUAAGAGACAAUAUCACAAAUCCUUCCUCCAAAAACAGUUAUGUGAAUAUGACCAAGACACUCUCAUGCGCGACAUUGAUCAUUGGAAGCAAGAAAUAUCUCCUGAAGAUAAUAUUUUGUUCCGGCCGUUUAUUCCUACCCCUCCUAUUGAUAAAGAUGACACUUUGUCCUCUCUUGAUCAUCAAUUCCUCUUCGUUCAUCAACUAGGCUGGCAAAGGGAGCUUUUGCAUCGUUACGGAAACGAUUUUUGUUUCCUGGACUUCACAGUAAAACAGACACGAUUCGCGCUACCCCUGCAUUUUCUUUGUGUGAAAACUAACUACUCCCAUCAAGUAGUAGCGACGUUUGUAACGCAAGAAAACUCAGUGAGGCAUAUUGCUGAAGCUUUGGAUAUUUUAAAACACUGGUGCGAAAACUGGGAACCGAAGUUUAUUUUUACAGAUAAUAACGAAGCAAGGACUGAAGCAAUUGAACAAGUUUUUUCUGGUUGCAAAGUCUUAAUAAGUGAAUUACACAAAGAGAGAGCUUGGUUAAAACGAGGCUAUUUAUCUGAUGCUAAAGUUACUCCAGAAGCACAAGAACAAAUUGUAGCUUUGUUAAAAGAAAUUGCUCAUUCUGAGGACGAGGCUUCAUUUCAAAAAUCACAUGAUGAACUAAUGAACAGAGAAGAUUCAAAAAUGAAUAGCAAACUUCAAAGUUAUUUAAAUUCCUGGUUCUCCAUAAAAGAAAGAUGGUGUUGGCUGUAUUGGCCCGAAGAUAUUCGUAUUCUGAUGCUUACCAACUAUGGAUUGGAACGCCAUCAUAAUUUGUUUGAAGAUAUUCAAACUAAAUUCAGACCAAGAAAAGUUCUACCGUUUUCGAUUUCGUUUCUACACAAACAUUUUCUCCCAGAACAUUAUAAGCAAUACCGAAUGGACAACAGCUCAUCUUUUAAACUUGAAACUUCAGACUUCAUGCCUGCAGACAUAGCACAACACCUUUGUAUAAAGGAACACUGCAUAAGACAACUUUCUGAAGCAAAUUCAAGGCAACCAGAUUGCAUUGAAUGUGAUUGCGAUGAGUUUACGUUAAAAUACGAAGAUGGAACUGCUACAAAAGUUAUUAUUCCACCGUCGAACUUCCCACGGUGCUCUUGCGCCGUCUACCGCGCAUCUUUUUUACCAUGCUUUCACAUUUUCACACUGUUUCCGAUUUGCGAGAAUUUUUCUUGGGCGUCUCUUCCGUGUUGGUUUAGAGACUCUGUGUUUCUUUCUUUAGACCCGCACGUGUGUAAUUUGCCUGCUACCGUCCAAGUAAUGAUAGAACAGCCGUCAGAACUCGAAAACGAAACAGUCGAACACGUACUCGAACUGUCUUCGGUAACGGUUUCACCUUCCAGCCCAACUACUGACUUAAACACCGAUAUACGACGCCUUUUGGACCAAAUCCAAGCUGUUUGUGAAUCCGCACCAAACGAAGAGCUAGCGACUACAAAAACUGAUUUAGAAAUUAUUUUGUAUCGCUUACAAAACGGAACAGAUAAUGCAUGUACUUUAAAUCGUGCAGAUGUUCAAAAAAGAAAGACUUCUACGCAAUACGAAUUUGAACCUGAAGCAAAGGUAAGAUUGGCAGAUUUCUCUUCAAACUAAAUCGUGUAAAACUUUUGCAAUUACCUCUAUUGAUCAUACCUCUACUGCAGCAAUAAAGAAAGUACAAUUUA